GUCCCCUUCAUGACCCGCCCAUCCGCCGCCGCUGCCCGUGCCUACUCAGGUGGUCAUUGUACAGCGACGUAAACUUUGCCUGAUCGGAUUUAUUGACCGGACAACUCCAGUCGAGGCCAUGCUCAGACGGAUACUCCAAAUGGUAAGCCCAUGGUGCCGAAAAGUCAACUAUGUCGGUGUAUUGUGGUUGUAAACGAGUGGUUUUGUUUUGGAAUCGCAGGCCUGUGCCCGUUUGGCUUGACUGCGGGGACGCACCUUUUAAAGUACAACGCGCCGCGACCGGGUGGGCUUCUUGUUUGUAUCAGGAUCCCGUCGCUUCGGGAUAAACCCCGCCGCCCUGUCCUGUCCAAGUGACCAUUUCAAACGUUCAAGCGCCCACUGUUGUGUUGACUUGGCUAGCUCUAAAUGCUAACUCGGUUCAGUUGAUUGAUGCUAAGGAUGACAGGGAUGUAACGAGCUAACACAGCGCUUGUCUGUUAAAAUGUAGUAGCAAACUUAAGUGGCUAACACGUCCAUCAACAGUUCCAGGGUUAGUCGCUGAAUCAUUCCCAAGUCCCGUUCGUGGUCAGCUAGCUCAGAUAUAGCAGCACAUUAAUUCAUCGUGCUAACGCUAACGUUAGCCACAGGUUGACCGCUGUGGACUUUUGUGUCAGCUACCUGACAGCUACGUCGUUUGAAUCUUUGAGCUCAUAUUUACAUGUUUGGUAGUACUUUUGUUUGGAUAAAUCAAUUACGCGUAGUUAAAGCUUAAAUGGAAGCAAAGGUUAGCCAUCUGAUUAGCUUAACUGGGACUACAGUUCCCAGAGGGCAUUGCGAGCGAUAGCUGCAUUUUGAAGUCCCUGAUCCAAGAGGGUCGAAUUUUUUAAAGUUAAGAUUUAUUUAAAGGGAUAGUCCGGGGUAAAUUUAGGGUCAAAUUCAUUGUAACAUCGAGUUAGACACCCUCUCGAGAGAUGAAUGUUGCCGACCGCUUGCUUCUCUAGUUAAACCAACUUUAGUAAUGACCGCACGAUAGCAAUACACAGAGGUUCCAGGAGUCACGCGCUCAACCAAAACGCCACUCUAUAACCACAAAUAAUGCUCAGAACUGCACCUAACUUCAUCAACAGUACAUAUAGGGUCUCAGCCACAGCACAAGCCACCAAACAUCCUUUUAACUUUGCCUAAUUGCUUUAGCAAAGAGACUAAACACAACUCACCUACUCUCUUCCAGCAGCCGCUUGUUUGUACGGAGACCUUCAGGCGAGUCCAUCGACAACAGCGGGUGACGCAGCUCAAGGAAGAACAUUUAUUAUCGUUUCUUUACAAUUUCCUUGAAGUAAUAAUCAUCAUAUUAAUAAUUUUGCUCUGCAGAUGCGAUAGUUCCUCUGCCUUAGCGUCUCGGUCUGAUUGCAUUUCCAUGAGGAAAUGAUCAUAAAUGUUCUUCCUUGAGCUGCGUCGCCCCGCUGUUGUCGAUGGACUCGCCUGGAGGUCUCUGUACAAAAAAGGGGCUGUUGUGUUUAGUCUCUUUGCUAAAGAAAUCAGGCAAAGUUAAAAAGAUAUUUGGUGGCUAGAGCUAUGGCUAGCACCCUAUAUGUACUGUUGAUGAAGUUAGGUGCUGUUGUGAGAUUAUUUGUGGCUGUAGAGUGGCGUUUUGGUUGAGGUUUGUUUAUGACUCCUCAGACCGCUGUGUAUUGCUAUUGUGCAGUCAUUACUAAAGUUUGUAUAACUAGAGAAGCAAGCAGUUGGCAACAUUCAUCUAUCGGGGGGGUCUAACUCAGUGUUACAGUGUGUUUGACCCUAACUUAACUUUACGCCGGAAUAUCCCUUUAAGGGGUUUUCAGCCCAAAUUUUUUACUGUAAACUGGUUAAAAAGUAAAUAUAAAAUGUUCCGUUGUUGUUUGCCCUGUCACACUUUAACUGCAGUGGGUCAGGACCGCACACAGUGUAGAUAAUAACAGAGGCGCUGUAACAGAUUAAGAGGUUUGCAGCGACUCAUUGAUAAAAAUGACCCUCUUGAUAAAACACAAUAGUCUUUCAGAUGAGAGGGUUUUGUAACCACAUGGGUUAGUAGGUACACCCCGGCAGUCUAAUACAACAGCUCUGACCCAUUCUGCUGUUGCUCCACCACCAACAGCCGACAUGUCCACAAUAAUAAAUGAAGACUCACUGUACUCACCAAGGACAACAAUAACCUGUCACCUGUUGCACUGGACUGCCCAGGUGUUCAACUGCUGGUUGAUAAAGUUCAACACUCCUUAAAAUGUGGGCCACAUUACCAUGAUACUGAAUGAAUUAAAGAGCUGCUUUUUUUAACAUUGAUUGGGAUUUGAUGUUUUGUUAUCGUACAUGAAGGAGGUUUUGAUUGAAACUCUAGUUUUACAGGUGAGGUACAGUAUGCAGAAUUAGUUUAAUUUAAAUAGACUAUGAUCAAAUUUUGAUUAUAAAAAGUAAAGUCCACAUUUGUAUACAGCCACGGUUCUGAAUUAACGGUUUUCCUCCCCAGCCAUACAGAAUGUCAGAGUUUAAUCAAAUCUGCUAAAUAAUUAUUUUAUUUUAAUGUAUUGAGUCUGUGUGAGAAUGUACUAUUUGUUAACUGGGUCAGAGAUUGUUCCAUGAUGCAAUACACAGCCUGCCUUUUACGUGGUGUUUGUCAGCCCUCAAAACAACUCUGAGAUGAGUCAGUUCAAAGUCCCUCUCAACCAGGAGACCCACGUGUUCACCUGUUUAUUUGCCAGUGCUGCUCCUUAUUUUGUGAAUGGACCACUAGUUGUAUGUCCAUCGAAUAUGUUUGUGCUGAUCUGAUUUUGUUGUGACCAUAUUUUUCCCUGAGAUUUUUUAUUUGUAUUUUCAUCAGUCCUAACCCCACACCUCGUCACUCUCCAUGGGCAAUAUCCCUAAUGGCAGGGUGUGUUGGUUUAUGUAAAUGGUCCAUUUGCUUGUAACCUGACCAGCCGAUAUUUUGAGUGGUGUGACAAUGCAUACACAACCGCUUAAAAGCAAAAGCAGCAUACCAGUGUUCACAGCUAGUCUAAAGCUGAAGUUAAUCCAGAGCUGGGUGUUUGUAGUCAGACUGUGAAGACAAAGGAACUUUCAAAACAAGUAUGCGACAAUUUAGAGGAGCACUACACCAGUUAUUAAAUGGCCUUUCCAACACUAGACACAUUCUUCAGCGUCUAGAAAAGACUUAUCUAGUUUAAUGUUUACAGGAGGAUUAACUCUCACAGAGUUAACCGAGGUAUGAUGGCCUUAAACGAUCUAAGAGGAGGAGCCAGAAUUCAGAUUGUUGGGUGUAAACAAAACACUGCACAUCUCCAGACCCACAGCAUGGCCACCAAAAGAAUGGGUUUCUGCGUAAUGCAGUGGGGAAGCUGCUCUACAAAGAGGCAGAUUUGUAUAGAGGAAAACAAACAAAUAGAAGGAAACAAGUACAGCAGCAGUUAUUACCACACUGCACAAUACUUGUUUGAACAUCAUUAUAAGCUGAUAUCAGCCCUUUUGGCAAACAUCAACCAUAGGCAAAUAUGAGCCAUGAGCUGAUAUUAAUAGCUUGUAUCUGUUGUGUUGCAUCUUUCUAAUGCUGGCAUGCUAUCUAACUGGUUUUAUAGGAUGGGGCCACUAUCAACAAUUUUAAUACAUCAAAUCACAGAAUUAUGUCGAGAGGGUCACAAAAACAUUGGUGUCUUUGCUUAUCAGCUAAAUAGUUAUUUUAAAUAUCCCCAUUAGCAUGAGUCUCAGCCCAUUAUUUCACAGCUUUUGAGUUCUUGAAGUUAACAAACUGUUGUUAAGAAGAUUCAAGCUCAUUAAUAGUGUUUCCUCCUUUCCAGACCCCUGGGAAGGGAGGCUCCCAGAAUGCAGAGUCAGAGCAGCCCAGCACAGACCUAAAUCACGACCAGACGUCAGAGGUAAUUUUUCAGCUUGGUUUUCCUUUGUGAUUACUUCUAUCAUAUUUUGCUACCCUCCAAAGGAAACCACAGAACAGAAGCCAUCUGAUCAAUAAUCGUCCGAGGAUCUGUUCUGACGGUGCGUCUCUGUUUUCAGGGCUUCAUCUGUCCUCAGUGCAUGAAAUCUCACAACUCUGCAGAGGAGCUCUUCCAUCAUUAUGAGCUGUUCCACGACAUCGGGGACCUCCCCGCUCAUGUGGCCCCGACUCGGUGAGGUGCAGGGAUGUUUAUGUCAUUCAAAGUCCUUCUGCUGACUGUUUUUUAAACUCUUUUAUUCUUCUAGGGAGGAUCUCACAAUGCUUCGACAAGAGGUUCAAGACCUGCACGCUUCUCUCAAGGUAUAAAUCACAUUUCCUACUCCACAGUGGUGUGUCUCCUCUGAGUUAGGUCUUAUUCCUAGAUCUGAUUAUUUUUCACGUCUGUAAGUGUGUUUGUGUUUAUUUACCUAAUUAGGAGGAAAGGUGGUUCUCUGGCGAGCUCAAGAAGGAGUUAGAUAAAGUCCAAGGACAUCUGAAGCAAGUAAUUCACUCAGAAUAUUUUUUUAAAAUUAACACAACAACACGUUUGUCUGGAUGUAAAACUGCUUCAUAAAACAUGACGGCUCACGCUCACUGUACAUGCCUCUCUCUUUCCCAUAGAACGACGGGCAGGUGGGCUCGGAUGAUUCAGGUGGGGAACCUUAACUUUAAAAUGACUGUGAAAAGAUAGCGAAAACUAAAUGACUGAAAGUGGGUCUCUGCUCUUUUUCUUAGUCCUCGAGAGGAAGUUAAAUGAAGCAGAGACAGAGAAGUUCAACAUCAAGCAGAUGAAAGACCUGUUUGAGCAGAAAGCUGCCCAGCUGGCCACAGAGAUAGUAGGUUAGUGUUGGGAAGGCCAUCUAAUAACACUGAAGUCGUCUUGUACUCCAACACUGUUCAUCUCAAUCAAUCCAUUGUCUUACUUGCUGCUACAUUGUGCAUUCUUUAGUCCUACAGGCGGAGAUUGAUGCAUUUUUACAGCAUGCAGUCAUGUAAUCCUUAAACUUUGUCUCUUUGAAAUGAUGUAACCUUUGUUGUGAAUGUUUGAAACAGAUUUAAAGUCUCGCUAUGAUGAGGAGAAGAGUCUGAGGGAGGCUGCUGACCAGAGGCUGGCAAAACUGAACGAACAGCUACAGAAAGAGAAGCAGGAGAAUGAGAGACUCCAAACAGAACUGGUACAACACACACAUAUGAAUCUACACCUUCUGAUGGGAUUUCUUCUCAUCUCACUUUCCUUUACCUGACUUGUUUGAUGUUAUAGACUCUCCUUUUACUGUUGAAUUGACACUAUGAAAUCUGUUUUGGCUCUGAGCUGUUUGGUGAGAGAGAAUCAAAGCAGAUCUCACCCAGACAGUCUCCUCAUUCAACACAGCACUUCAUUCAGAGACUGAAGUAUAUCAGAAGAGUCUCAGGCUGCCUAAAACUAGAUGUGUAGUAUUACGCAGUGCAUUGCCACCAAAUAUUACACCUCUUUCGACAUGUAUGGCUGCAUACAGUAUGACAACUUUGACUCAGGACAUACAUGUAGAUCUACGUGACCUGUCCUCACGUAGUCCAGUCAGGUUCCGUUUGCUCUGAACAUAACACCCUCCACUCUGCCCUCUAGCUGCAGCGACCAGGAGUGGAGGAUGUGGAGGUGCUGCAGAAGGAGCUGGUGCAGGUCCAGACACUAAUGGACAGCAUGACCCGUGAGAGGGAGGAGGAAUCCGAACGGCUCAGAAAUCACUACGAGCAGCUGCAGGCUAAUUACACUACCUCAGAGGUGAGUGUUUUCUGGUCACGGAAAGGUCCGUUGGUUCUUGGACUGUUUUUGCUGACAGGUUUUCACUUGGCUGCUACUCUUCCUCCCUUAAUGGUCUUGUUACAAACACCUGAACACGCCCACUCAUUCAGCUAGCAGCUGUGUGUGAAGGGCUUUUCUUUGCCUUACUAUCAUUAACUAACGCUUGGAGAAUAAUUCAGCCUUACUUCCUGUUUCUUAUUUCUGCUUUUUCUUCCACAAGUUUCGAUUCGUUUUGUCGUACGUUUAGGAAGCACUUUCCAAAUUAAAACUCCACUCCAUUUUUUUGACAGCUCUCUCUCAUCAAGUAGUCUGACAUAGAAGCUUUCAUUCCCUGUGGUUUAUUUCCCAAAGUGUGUACCUGUUGGUUGUUUUGCAAUUGAGAUGAAACCUGAGAGUAAGAAACUGUAAACAGGGUUUCUAAGGUGUGAUUUAUGUCAUAGUGCUGCAGCGUAUUCUCUCAUCCCAGCAGCAUCUUGCUCUGAGUCGUAGAUUUGUCUGUUUGGAUUGUAUCGUGACUUACCUGUGUGUGUAUCUCUGUGUCUCUUUCCCCCUUGUCUACUUCACAUUCUGUAUCCGUCUCCACUCUUUCUUCAAGAUUCGUAAACUGGAGGUAAAAAAUGUUGCUUGGCCCCCAAGUUUUUAAGUUUUUUUAUUUUGUAUUUUUUUUUUUUUUUGUUUAAAAAUUCUCUGAGUUCUUUAUUUCUGUUACACCGUCAUGUUUUUGUGGGACUGAAGUCUUGUGACUCAAGCCAUGUUGCUCUGGUUUCCUUUUUUUUUAUGUUUGUCCUUCACAGUGGUGCCUCAGCUCUUUAUAUGUAUUGGAGACUGCUUUGCAAAAAAAGAUUGUGAGACUAAAGUUGCUCUCUCAUUUGGCAGAAAACCAUAUCCCAACUAAAAGCCGAGUUGGAGAAGGGCCCGCAAGAGGCAGCUGUCUACACACAACAGAUCCAUCAGCUUCAGAGCGAUCUGAAUAACCUACAGCAGCAGCACCAGGUAACGAAGGAGGAAGUAGAGUCUUUAAACUCCCCUGUCAUUUAUUGUUUUCAUUAUAGAGACUCUUAAAGUUGGAACGUUAGAAAAAAAAAAACAUUAUCGUUAACUUUUUUUAUACAGUCUAUAAUCUGUAUUUUCUUGCACACCUGGUUCUGAUGCAUGAACUACGUCUCUACAUGUUGGAAUUUAAUCAUAGAAAUGAGACGAAGCUGAGACACAAUAAAUCAGUUUGAUAUGAGAGGCGGAGCAGCUUUUCCUCCACGUGAUCAUAGUCAAGGAAACCGAAGUGCACAUUGGCCUGAUCUAGAAAGAGGUACAGAGGAUCAGGACUUGGUACAGAGAGGGGAACAGCAGUAGAGGUUUUAUUCAUCUGUGGUUCCAGGAAUAGAGCGGAGAGACUCAGAAAACACGAGGAGAACAGAAACAAGGCCAUGAGAAGAUGGCAAGGUGAACAAAAGAGGAGUGGAAAACACAGAAAAAUGUCUCCAUAAGGCUGUUAACAUUGGCCAGCUGCUGUGUCGACCUGCAGAGAUGUAUUGAAUGUCUGUGAAGUCCAGGUGCCCUGCCACACUCUCCAGUUAGCAGCACACUCCCCUAUUAACAACAUUUUAUUCUUUAUCACCCUGUUGCCAAGUGCUGCACGCACGCCACGUUAUUCCAAGUCCUUUGUAGUUAACCUUCUCCUGGAAAUGCCAAACCUCGCCUCCUUUCCUCUCCUCUCAGAAUGGCAGACUGUUCUUUUCCAUAGCUCAUAUCACAGGAGGUGUAGGUGUUUGUGCAACAUUACAGAUCCCGCUAUGCUUUCUGUUUGAGUUUAGAAAAGAAAAACGGUUUGCUAAAAGAGCAGCUUAAAUAUUUCAACAUUUUCUAGUUAACCUUUUAAAACUGUCCAUUUCAAUCCUUUCUCAUAACAGCCGACUAUUUUAAGAUCUUUCAGGAACAAGAUUUAUUUACUGGCAUCUGCUCCGUGGCUAUCAAUCCUACGUGAGGACAGCUUUCAGCCCUGUUCUCUGCCUAAUCUUGUCUUCACGUCCUCUCACAGAGCCUGUCUGAAAAGCUUGCACAGAAGGAUAAAGGAUAUCAGGAACUGGAAGAGCGUCUGGGAGCCGAGAAAGCAGCUAAGAAGGGAGCUCAAGGCAGCUUGAGGGAGAAGGAGCUGGAGGUUCAAGAGCUCCAGGCUCGGGCCUCAGGGGCUGAGGCCUCCUUGCAGAAGGCCCAGGCCGAGCUCGGAGAGAGGGCAGAGGAGGUGGUCAAGCUCAAGAGUGAGAUUACAGAGCUGGAGGUGAAGCACGCAGAGCUGAAGGUGGAGAGGAAACAGCUGGAGCACCAAAGAGAGGAAAAGGAGAGCCAAGGUGCUCAGCAGCAGACUGAGAUCGGACAGGUGAGUAGAGAGGUCACAAAUCACACACAAACAAACACAUUCAUGAGACAGCAAAGAAAACCACUGAUCUUCCCAAGAAAACUUAACUUCACUGGAGGUGAGAGAGAACGAGAUCAUCAACAGUUGAUGCUAAAAUGUCAAGCUCAAAUCUGUGGAUCCUCCACAUGUUCCCUGUAUUUCUCCCUCUUUGCUUUGUAAACUUUAGCUUUCCGUCUCUUUCUCCUCUCCUCUUUUACUCUUCCUAGCUGCACGCUAAGCUGCUGGAGGCCGAGAGGCAGCUGGGCGAGGUGCAGGGUCGACUUAAAGAACAGAGACAGCUUUCUGGGGAGAAACUAAAAGACCGUGAGCAGCAAGCAGCAGACCUGCAGCUCAAACUCUCCCGAGCAGAGGAACAGGUAGGCAUCAGAUCAAAGAUUGACCACGUAGCACAGACACAGCACCUCUCUGUACAUGUGUCUGAGGUUGAAGCCUGCAGGAUACCCUGUAGGUGAAAGAUCCGUUAGUAUUCUCAUAGUGAGGAUCUAUUGGCCUGAAAGAGAAGAAGAGCAAGCUGAGGGCGACAGUUCAUUUGUGAACAGGAAGAUGUACAGUAAAUCAUGGGAUGAACUGAUACACAAUAAAGGGAGCGAUCUUAAGUCUUUUCUGUGUUUUCUGCUUUUGAAGAUGAAGGAGAGUGCCAGUAAGAAUACAGACCUACAGCACCAGCUGGAGAAAGCUAAACAGCAGCACCAGGAGCUGCAGGCGCUUCAACAAAACACCAACGGCAAACUCCGAGAGGCACAGGUACUGAUGGGAUAACAGUUUUUUUUUAAAACAGAAACUCUUAACAAUCUAAACUCUGAAGUAUACUGUACUCUACAGUAAGUUAUAAAAUCACAGACACUUGACUGUGACACAAUCUGACUUAAAUAGGUCAUCUAAUCGACAAAUAUGAAGUGAUGAUACUGAGGGAUCAUUUAGAUUUUCUUAGUUUGGGCUUACCCACUGAAGGGUUAUAUGAUAAAAAAUGUUGUGAUUCAGGUUAUACAAGUUUAAGAUCUCCACCGGUGAAACUCUGCAUGUCAAGACAGUAUGACUAAAAAUGUAAAUGAAGAGAUCCAGGCCCUAAAAGAGAGGAUAUCUGUAAAGGAUAGAAAUCCUUGGUGGCCUUAUGCUUCAUGAAAAUUCUUCACCAGAACAUUUUAUCACUCAAAAUCAAAACUCCCACUGCAAAAAAAAAAAGGUGGGGGGGGGGGGGGGGGGUCUAAAAACAAGAUAAAAACACUAAAUCUGAGAGAAAGGGUACAAAAAAAAGUGAAAUAAUCUGUCCAUGCAGCAAGAUAAUUUCACUUUACAAGAUUUCUAUAUAGAUUUCUAAUAAAGAUUGUUAAAUCUAGAAAAAAGCAUGUCUACAAAUGUAUUUGGAAGGCCAAAAAUGCUGGUUUUAAGAUCAUAUUACUUGAUAUUUAACUUUUACAGCCUCAAAAUAAGUGAUAAGUAAUGUACUAAAUAUAACGUAAGGAGAAAAUGCUGGUUUUAAGAUGAGAUACCUUAAGAAGUAACUUUUCUACAGCCUCAAAAAAAGUGAAAUAUACUAAAUAUAACCAAUUACAUAUUUUGUUUUCUUACUUUUAGCAAAUUAAGCUGAAGAUUAGAGAGAAAAUACCCAGUAUUAGUGAAGAGUGAAGAAACAAGUAUGUAUGGGUGUGUUGUGUAUCAUGUAUUGUGUGACUGAGUUUGCCUGUUUCCUGUUGAGUAUUCCCUGUGCUAGUUUUACAAACAUUGGUCAUCAAAUGCUUGAAAUCAGAGAAAUAAACUCUUUUUCUAGAUGCUUUUUGUGUGACUCCUGAAUCAAGCAACUUGAUUUUGUUACUGAAUAUUAAAACAAGAUUCCUUUUGAUGAGACUUUGGGAGAAAGAUGGAAUAUAACUUAUUUAAACAGUUAUUUUCCCCAUUUUAAGAUUUCCUGCCUAUUUGAGACAACAAAGCUAAGGUUGUGCUUGAUAUAAGAUUAUAGUGUAAAGUGAAACACUUAAAAUAAGACAUUAGCAAACACUUCUAAAUCUAAGUAAGAACCAAGUAAUUUGCAUCACCUGCUUGCAUGAAUGUAGGUAUGUCAAAUGAAGCUAAAUUAAAUACAUAGUGACAAAUGUGUCUGUCAAAAAACAUGGAGUUUAAUGUGUUUGUUUUUCUGGCUUUCCCUCAUGCUGCAGAACGACCUGGAGCAGGUGCUGCGUCAGAUCGGAGACAAAGACCAGAAGAUCCAAAAUCUAGAGGCUCUGCUGCAGAAGAGUAAGGACAUCGUAAGUCAGCUGGAGACCGAGAGAGAUGAUCUGUGUGCCAAGAUCCAAGCCGGGGAGGGAGAGACGGCCCUGCUCAACCAGCUGAAAGAGAAGAACCAUGCGCUACAAGAGCAGGUCAGUGCACACAAACAGAAACACAAACACACAGACUCACAAUCUGUUCAUAACAUCUACAGCCAGUAGAGUGUAUAUAGAGGUAUACUCAAAAAUACUUUCUUGUAUAAACAUGGAACUUGGAUUAUAUACUGAAAAUGUGCCAAUCUUAAAGGUCACACAGUUGACGGACAAGCUGAAGAACCAAUCAGAGAGCAACAAGCAGGCCCAGGAUAACCUACAUGAGCAGGUCCAGGAGCAGAAGACUCUGGUGCGUUCUGCCCAGGACCGAGCUACCACGCUUGAGACAUCAGUUGGUGAACUCACCACCCAGCUGGCGGACAGCAAGGAGAAAGUAGCCCAGCUGGACGCUCAGGUAAGAGUCGACAUAAGGACACCAGCGAGUAUGAGAGCAGAUCAUUUUCUGUCGCAGUGACUCUAACCGGUGCUGUUUCUGUGCAGCUGAAGGCAAAGACAGAGAUGCUGCUGUCUGCAGAGGCAGCCAAGACAGCUCUGAAGGCUAACCUGGAAAACAACCUGGAAACGGCUCAGCAUGCACUGCAGGACAAGCAGCAGGUUAGUCCCUUCUUGGGGCCAGUGGUUCAUAUUUUGGCUUAAAUUCAGAGCAGAAAUCCUCAUGAUGCUCUGUAUGUCAAAUGUACGUGUGUCGUUUUCUUUCUUACCCGCAGGAGCUGAAUAAAACUCAAAAGAAGGUAGAGGAGCAGGCCCAAAGGCUGAAGGAGAGGCAGGAGGUGUGCACGCAGCUGGAGAGCAGUCUGAAGGAGUGCAAAGACAAACUAAUGGCUUCAGAGCAGCGUGUAGAGCAGCUGGAGGGGCUCAAUAAGGUUUGUGUGGACUCUUCAUUCUGGCAUUCGACAGAUACAGGGUUCAGCAACACACUCUUAAGUGAAUUUUGUUUUUGAACAGAAACUGGAGACACAGGUUGUGGAGUUGCAGGCGACUCGUGACCAGGUGCAGCAGGAAGUGCAGAAGCUGCAGAAAGAGGGGUCAGAGGUGAAACGGAAAGCCAAGGAGCUGCAGCGUUCCCUGGAAUCAGAGAAAGCAGGGUGAGAUGAAGUAAACCAACACAUUUUUAUUGAUGCAGCAGCAUUGUGUGAGUUUUCACAUUGGUUCGCUCCUCCAUAUUUAAACUCGGUACCAAUGGCUUUCUGUCUGUUAAGGGCUACAACGCUGCAGGAGGAGUUAAAGGCAAAGUCAGCCACUCUUGGUAACAUUCAGCAGCAGCUGGAGUCAAGUGAGAAGGACAAAGCUGCUCUGAAGGUAAAUCUGGAUAAGGUGACUCAGGAAGGAAAGACCAAGCACGCAGAGCUGGAGAAGAAAGCUCAGAGCCUGGGGGCGGAGUUACAAAAGGCACAGCAGGAGAAGGAGGCUCGGAAGAAGGAGCUCGCCUCGGUGCAGGAGAACCUCUCGAAGGCGAACAAGGCACUGAAAGAGAGUCAGAUUCAACUGGAGACAGAGAAGAAGAACCAUAAGUCAGCCACAGAGGAAAAGGUAGGAGUAAGGAGAUACAAUCAGAAAACAAAACAUAGAGGAUUCUGUGAAGGAGUGACAGGAUUCCACCAGGACACGUCUGACAUGAACCUGUUUCAAUCGUUAGGAAAAGUCCAACGAGAAGGCCCGGCAGGAGCUCCUGAAGAGCAAUGAGGUCAUCACGAAGGCAAUGAAGGAAUCUAAGGAGCAGCUGGAGAAGAUGAAAGAGGUAAAAUUCAGGCCACCAGAGACAAAACAACAAGAUUAAAGGAUGAAAGUAUUGUUUGAACAUGUCAUCAAAUUGGCCCGUUUUAUGUCCCCAAAUAUCAGGCAGAGAAAAAGUUAAAAGUGCAGCUGACCACAGUGGAGCAGCAGCACUCAAAGACUCAGGAGGUGCUGAAAGAGAAGGAGGCUGAAGCGGAGAAGCUCCGGACGCAACUUAAGACUGCCCAGGCGUCCUUUGAGGAGGAGGCGAAGAAACUGAAGAGCAAAGUGGGAGAGUUACAGCAAGUCAAUGUCAAGAAGGCAAGUAGCAUUUACAGACACUGAACUUAAACACACAAUAACAUCUAUGAAUUAGCGAGUUAAUCAAAUGUUUUAUAAUUGACUGACACCUCCAGGCAGAAGAGGAAAGUAAGCUGAGGGAGCAGGUGUCACAGAGCCAGGAAAGCCUCACCAAGCUCCAGUCUGACUUUUACGGCAAAGAGUCUGAAGUCUCAGCCCUGCGUCAGGACUUAAAGGUAAUCUUAUGCGGGACCGUGUGAUCGCUUAACUCAGGAAGAUGGUGUCCUCAGUGACUGAGCUGUGAUUUUUGUCCGUCUGCAGACAUCAGAGGAGAAACUGAAGUUGUCACAGGAGGAACUUGCAGCAAACCGGACCCAUCAGACCGGUUUGGAGGCUCAGAUUCAAGAGCUGCAGACGGGCCGGGGAUCGUUGGAGCAAGAGCUGACCAAGCGGGACCAGAAGCUUCAGCAGCAGGAGCAAACGCUAAAGGAAGUGCAGAAGCAACAGGUCAGACAGUUUAUCACACAUAGACAAAAACACCGGCGUCCUGAUGUGACCGAGUCCAUUUUUAAAAUUGUACUUUCUUCAUCAGGGUCAAUCAAAGGAGGCUUUGGAGAAGGAGAGAAGUAAAGUGGAGGAGCUAAACAAAGCCAAGAGUGACCUGGAAAAGAGUACCAUCAAACUGACUUCAGACUUAAAAGCACUGACAGAGAAGAGUGAGAAGGUCAGUCACAUUGAAGAGGGACCUAAAGCUAACAAUGUAUUUAAGUUGAUUUAAAGGGGAUCAGACAGGCUGGAUUAGACCUGAGGAGUGUUAGAGCUCCAGCUAAUGGCCCCCAUUUUCAUGUCCUUUACUGGCUUAAAUGACCCGCUUCCCAUGCUUGUGUCUUAUGUAAACAGCUUAAGUCAGAGAAUGUGUAGGUCACAUUCCUCAGUUAUGGAUGGACAUUUGAUGUAAGCCUGCUUUACCAAACCUUUUAAAGCAUCUUAAAAUGGAUUUGCAGCUGUGCUCUAAGCAGGAACAACAAGCUCAGACUUGCUGAACUCCUCACCUGAUUCUGUGUGAUCCUGUAUCGAUUGCUAUUUUAGGAGCUGGGUGAGCUGCAAGAAGCCAAACAGCUGUUGAUCCAGCAGAAGCUGGAGCUGCAGGGUCAAGUGGAGGCAGCACAGAAGAGCAUCGAACAGGAAAAGAAGGAGCAUCAGGCCACCAGGGACAGCAUCAGCCAGAGAGAGGAGCAGCUCGUCGCCAAAACAAAGCAUGUAGAAGAUCAGUUGGUAAGCCCACAUGCAACUUCCAGCUGUGUUACCCCUGUAAACUGCACCCCCUCCCCUUUUCAGAGUCUCUUCUGACGUAACGAAUGCUUCCUUCCAAAGUUGGCAGAGAAGCGAGCCAAAGAGGAGCAGGUGAGGCGCGGGGAGGAGGUGGAGGCGAAGCUGGGUGUGCAGGUGACAGCUCUAAAUGAGAACGUGGCCACGCUGAAGAGAGAGUGGCAGGGCAGCCAGCGGAGAGUGGGCGAGCUGGAGAAACAGACGGACGAGCUGAGAGGAGAGAUCGCUGUGCUGGAGGCCACGGUGCAGAACAACCAGGACGAGAGGCGGGCUCUUCUGGAAAGGUGGGAUGAGACUACUUCCUGAAAUGAAUGUUAUUUUGUACAAACAUCAUCAUACAUCCAUCUAGGGCUGGGCGAUGUGGCCUCAAAUCAAUAUCACGAUAUAUUGAGCAGUUCACUUCAAUAACGAUAAAUGGACGAUAACUACACCACAAGCUGCUCACCCCCUCCCACAUUAACUUUGUCUACUUCAGCUGCUACAACUUUUAAACCAUCCUCCAUAUCCUCAUCUGUCUUUCCCUCUUUGUUAUGGACUGGAUGGGGUGGAGUCACAUCUCUGACGUAGAACAGCGUCUUAAAGGGACAUGAGAUCAUAGCCUACCUACACACAUCCAAAACUAACUUUUAUUCAUUUAUUUUUUGUGACACCAAAUAUAUUGACAUGGGCAAAAUUAUGUUGGUUAUUGCCGUAAAUUUUGGUAUUGGUAAAUUUUCGGUUUAUCGCCCAGCCCUACAUCCAUCUAACCAAAAUUCAUCCAUAUCUUUCCUAUAACUUUAAAUUCACUCAUUUGCUGUGUAAAUUUUUUAAAGAGCCUAAUCUCCUUCAGCAUCAUUCUAAUUUAACUAUCAUGCUGAUUAAUUACAAAUUAGACUUUUAUGAUGGCUCCUGCGUGAGUCAGUGCAGCUCUCACAAAAAGGAGAGAGGAGAUUUCAGAAUCACUAAACAAGAACAAAUCCAUCCGAAGAAGCAGAGAAGUUUAAUUUCACCAAGCAAAUCCAUAUCCUCCUCAGUACUAUUUCUGGGCUUUUUUGCCUUUUAUUAGAUCAAACUGCUGCAGAGAGAGAGAGAAUUGAGUGUGAUGACUGCAGCGUGAACUAAAGCCUCUACACCUUAGACUAGUCAGUUCCCAGUCUUUGAAAACCACCAAACUCUGAUUUCAGCAACAUUUUAGGGUCCUGAUCUUUAUGGAGUCUUGGCUGUACGACCAUUAGCUGAUUGCAGACGUGUUCAUGUUUGUGAUUUAUGAAAAACUUAAGAUAUUAUUAAUGUUAUUUACAGAGAUUCCAACCGGCAGAAACUUUAAACAAAACCAGACAUGUUUGUCAGCUAUGUGCAUCAAUGCAUUACUUCAAAAAUUCAAUGCUUUUCAUGUAUUUUAGCCGCAUCUGAGGCUGUUUGCAUGUCAAACUGAAACGAAAGGUUAUUUGAAAGGCUUGAAAGUGUCCGAGUGCUCCCUCAGUGCUCUUGUGAAUGGGUUCAGCAUAAUCAAAUUAACUUUGAAUUAGGUAAACACUUGAGUUAAUAACAGAGCCCUGUGCUCAGUAAGAGUACCCCAGAAGAUCUCAUUAUACUGCCCCCGAUCAGUGUGUAUUAAAAGUAUUAAUUAACAGAUGUAUUACACAGCCAGCCGAGUGGCUUAAAGGGUUAGAGAGGUUUCCCAAGCUGCGAACAAACGUGCACAAAAGUCACGAUCUGUGCUCUGUGGGUGUGUUUCAGGUGUGUGAAGGGUGAAGGUGAGAUCGAAAAACUGCAGGCGAAGGUGGUGGAGCUGAGGAGGAAACUGGACGACACCACAGCAGCCAUGCAGGAGCUGGGCCGAGAGAACCAGUCGCUCCAGGUCAGUAGAGAGUUAGAGAGUGGACGAGUUUGAACAGUUGAAGCUUUGAUUUUAACUCCUACUGUUUGGUGCUUUUAGAUCAAACAGUCCCAGUCCCUGACCAGGAAGUGGGCCGAGGAUCAUGAAGUGCAGAACUGCAUGGCCUGUGGGAAAGGCUUUUCUGUCACAGUCAGGAAGGUAUGUUGUCUGAAGACUGAUUCUGACAGGCAGAGAACUCGGGAUUCCCUGUCUAACGCUGCAUCCUCUCUCUCCUCUUCUCUCUCCAGCACCACUGCAGACAUUGUGGAAACAUUUUCUGUGCCGAGUGUUCGGCCAAAAAUGCCCUCACACCGUCCUCUAAAAAGCCGGUCCGUGUCUGUGAGACAUGCUUCGAGGAGCUCCAAGGCUGAUCUCACAUCUGUCAUCCCUUAAUCUCCCUCCAAACACCCCCUUUUCUCCUCUUCCUCUUCCUCCUCCAGCGGGCAGAAGGUGACAUCUUCGUCUUAUUAAAUGUGCACUAUAAAGGACAGAACCCGAGGAAAGGCUCCCACCUGCAUCAUGUGACGUCUGGUUCACGUUCGGAGAGGUAUAACUGCGUCAUGGGAAUAUGGUGGGAUUAACCGGGAUUUGUCUGUAUCUGUUUUUGUGCCUUUGCUACUCCUGUGGACUGCCAGAGAGCGGAGAUAGCGAGAACUCAAACACCACCCAUCGCUUUUUAAGUUCACAUUUACAACUCCAUCGUUGUUUUGGCAAGGUUUCUGCGUUGUAAAUACUCAGCAUCGUUGAGAGGAGAUAAAGGUUCAGUGUGUGUCUAGGAGAGAAAUUAUUGUAAUAGUCAUGUGUAAAAUCACUGUCCCCCAACAAAGGUACAUUAACUAUUUUGUCAAAAAAAAACCUUCAGUCAGAUCGAACCAGAUCAUUAAAAUGUACAUUUUUGAAGCAACAGAGUUUGAUUCAGUCAAAAACUAAAUCUUUUUGUUUAGUGUAUCUACAGACUGUAUUUUAGUCCGUGUAAAGCAGAGGUGUUAGAAAACAGCCGCUGACCAUCUCUUAGCUGUAUUUAUGUAUCUGGUCAGGAUUUCAUGGGAAAAUGAAGAUUCGAAAUUUUAGAUUAUCCUUCAAGAAGGAGCACUAAUUUCUUUUUUUUUUUUUUUAGCAUCAUGUUUCGCUUACUGUAAUUCAGCAAAAGAUAACAAGGAUCAACAGCUGGAGGCUAAUUAACAUUUUUUUGUAUUAAAAAUCUCAAACUUUGUGAGAAAAGAAAGCGCUCUAACCAAGUACAAACCAGCAGGUUCAUGCACAGAAACCUGACAUCGUGAGUUUCUACGUGUUUUCUUUGUGCGGCAGCGUGUUCGUCAAAAUGACUGUUUUCAUCCUAUUUCAUGACCAAAGAAUGUCUGCUGCAGGAGUCCAGUCCCGAGGAAACCCUGAGUUUGAUUCAUAUUUCAGUAUUUUUCUUGAAGCCUCUCUGUGAAACAGUAGAUGUUUGAUCUUGAGCGCAGCAUGUGUGAUGAUCCGAGGCUUCAGUGUACAGUUGUUUGUUUUGUUUUUGUUGCUGAUUUUUUCAUUUUUUUCAUUUUUUGCUGUGCCAUGUCUCUAUUUUUGUGUUACUGUUUUUAUAAUAACUUGUGGUGCUUUCAGAACAGUCGUGCAGUCAUUUAAGGUGCCUGCAUGUGAAUUUAAAUUUUUUUUUUCCUGCUGCUUUUUUUCCCGAUCAACCGCACUGAAUAUGGCUGGAUCUCUGUGUUUGUGUGUGUGUGAGAGAGAGAGAGAAAGAGAGAGAGAGAGAGUGCAGAGCUUAAAGCAAUAACUGUGGCUGUGUGUGUGUGUGUAAUGGUGCAGUAACAGAUUGUGUGUCUUAGUGUUAAAGCCUGCUGUGUUUGGCUGCUGUGUGAAUGGCAGCUGCUCCGAUCCCUCAGCGUCUCUGCAUGUCGAUUUGUGCAGAACUCAGCUCUGUCUGCAGAGGGCGCUGUGAGAGUAAACUCUGUCUUUGUAUAAUUUAUAAAUGAUGUCAGAUAUUGGUCAGAUCUUUUUGUGCAGAUGAAGACUGAAGGAGCAGGCAGAAAAAAAACAAAAAAAACACUGUUGGCCAGAUGACAGCGCUGGCUUUUUGCAACACUCAGCCAAAUCAGCUCUUUCUGCUCAUUUACGGCCCAUCUCAAGAACACCUGUCUCUCCUUUUUUAUGUUGCAAUGCUUUUGUUACGUCUACCUCAGAUUGGCACAGGAAAAGCACUAUUUCUAAAUCUUCAAUCACAGAUCUUGUCAUUGCCUGCAUUUACCUGAGGGGGGUUGUAAAAUGAAUCUUUCAAACUGUACAGUCCCUUUUGAUCUAGAGGGAGAUGAUCUGCACUUUAUUGUAUUCUGGUCUCAUCCCAGCCACUAAAAUAGGACCACCAACUUUAUACAGGCUUUAGCAUUUCUCGCUCUGAUGUACGUACAUGCUCAUUAAUACUAAGGCACCACAAUUAUCUUUGUAAAUGUCUGUAAUUUAAAAAGGAAAAGGAAUUAUCUAACACUCGUGGAUGUAAAAACUCAUCAGUGUCUUAUUUUUUUAACAAAUCGGCGGCACAGACGUGUACACACACUGAAUCGUGGCUUGCUUUGUGUUGCUGUCAGUUAUCAUGCAUGAUGACUUAACUGGCAUGUGGCUCAUACACGCGUUUUCUUCAUGUUUAGAGUCGUUGUACGUGAUGGUGGUGAAGGCGUGCCUUAGGCAAACGUCUUGUGUUAUCAGUCAGGGUGACCUGAGAGAGACAUGAUGUAUUUUACGUUCACAUGCACCUGUUGAUUUUUUUUAAUUCAUCAUCAGGACAAACCUGAAUAAAAUCUAUUCUCUUGUGUGUGUUUGUUUUUGGUCCGUAAGAAGAAACUACUGAAUGUUUCAUUAAAAAAUCCUUUAAAAAUGAAUAAAUUGACUUUUAUAUUUGAA